AUGUUCUCCAUGGAUGCUAUCUCCGCCAAACUCCUGCCCACUUUCCUCCGCGAUAUGGGCCGGGCACUUGCCAGCAAGGAUCGUCGCGUCGAAGACGUGUUUCACUUGGGGGAAGAGAAGAUGCGCAAUUCACGCUCCUCUCUCGUGCCGACACAGGCGAUAGAGAAGGUGCCAGGGACACAGCCAUGGCGAGAAGGGAAUGCUAAUUCUUCUCUUAGUAUCAUCUUGGCUCAAGAUCCCAAUAGACAGGGCAGUGCCAAAGCCGACGCGUUGAGUCUUGCAGAUCGGCUCUACCUUGCCUGGCAUUCGGAGACUGUGGGAGAUGAAGCCGAGGAGCCAGUCGUGGUUGCGGAAGAGUCGACAGUACUGCACGCCAUACUGCAACCGCUAUGUCUUGUGCUGUGGAGCGGUCUUGUCCACUGUAUCUCUAGUUUGGCCUCACUUCUUGGCGUACGACAUUCGGCUGAUCCACUGCGAGUAACUACCAACUAUGAUCCCCGGCCUCUCCUGCCACAGAAUGAAGACUCGAAUGUGGAAGGAACGUCUCCUCCACAUGUGGAAAGCCCUUCCGAGGAAGGAAAAGAGCAGAGAUCAAAAAAGCACGCCGCUUCAACACCACUGACUGCCGCUCGUAGAGAAAGUACUGCUGCAGCGGGGUCUUCGUACAAGAGGAUAAAGAGGCACAAAGGGGAUACGACAUCAGAAACUGGAGGUUCAACUGCGUGGAAUGGGAAGUUGGACUGCGUAUGUCACGACACGACCUCCACUCACAACGCCUCGCGAGCCUCACAUGCCAUCCCAGACCGCUUCGUGCGUACCAAAGGGCCCCACGAGAUAUGCAAAAAGGCACGCUUCCUCAAAUUGCAAAAUGUGGACAGUGCAGGUGAUGGCCACAAGGACGAUUUUACAACAAACCCGAAAAGGAAGUCAAUAUGCCAGUCCCAACUGCAAACACCUCGUACGACUUCUGAGGACGACCAUCACCGCUUCUUCGACCAUCCUCAGCGUGUAAGAAAGUCGUCACGUAGGAGAAAGCAAUUGUCGGGCCUUGGUGAACAUGAAGGCGGAUCAAUGGCCUCGCUCCCUGCGCAAAAUGUGCACGACCCAAGCCCACCUGCUUUGACGGUGCAGCGAAUCUCACGACACGUCGACUUUCUGUAUCAAAGCAGCAAUGAUCUCUGGAAUAGCGCCGAUAGUGCAACAUCGUUUCUAGAGUUCCAAUUGCGCAGGACACUUGACGAAAUUGAGGUUGUCUACAAUCUGGACAGCACUUCCAUCCCGCGAGACACAGAGAUUGAUGCGGACCUAGUUGCUGAGGCGGAGCUAAAGCUGCUCAAUGUGGCAUUCAUGCUUCGCAGCGUGCGAGACCGCCCUCAUUUGCUACACUCGAGACACACGGCAGUGGACUUAGCGGUGAUCAAGCUCGAUUUGGCUCGCCAGAGCCUCUCGCGCCUACGCGCAGAAUUGAAGCCCAUGGUGAAGGUGAGCGAACGGCAUUUUGCCCAAGACAGCUGGAUUCUGGCCAAACUUAGCAACGCAUCGAUCAGAGUUCGGAGCCUCAAGGAGCGGCGGUUGCUGAUUAGGGACUCAUUGAGCUUACUUGGGACAGCCUACGCAGACGUAAGACUCAACUCUGACUAUGCUUCUAUUGAGAACGAACAUCGGGUACUAGAGGCCAGGUCUCGAGGCAUCUCAGUCCUGUCGAGCAAUAGAAAUGUCCAAGAUGAACUAAGGAAAAUUACAUGGCUGGUCGAAACUGAAUUGAGGGCCCUAGAUGAGGAUCGAUUCUACGCCAAUGACUUCAGAUCUCGAGCUGACUAUGUCGAUCUCCCCGAGCUCAGAGAUGAAGAGAUGAUAGGAAUGACGCCAACAGACUUCAUCCCCAAAAGUCCCAUGGCUCACAAUCUUACGAAAGCAUCAGAAAGCGAUCUUGUCGAGUUUCAGCACCGUAUGAAGUCCUUGCACCAAUCCACAGAGCUAGUCAAAGCCCUGCCCGAGGAUGAAAAAACAGCAAUUGCGUCUGUACUCCGAGCAGAAAUAGCGGAGCUCCUGAGCGCCAUUGGAGCAGGAUUCGACUCUCAUAAUCCAAAUAUUCGAUCUAUCGUCGGCGAAUUGAUCUCAUCGGCUCGCGCGCAGCUUGAACUAUUGGGUCCUGCUGUCAGCAAUGGGGAUGAUGAUGGCAACGAGCAAUGGCAGCACAACCCACGGAACAUUCGCGAAUCGAACGUCAGCAACGACAGACUUCCGAAGAGUCCCAAGACACAACCUGGAACUUCUACGUCAGGACGACUGGAGGCCAGAACACCGACAAAGAGUGAAACUUGGGCAAUUAUGGAGGUCGAUGGUAAAAGCGACGAAAUCACGACGGUCCCAUCGCCGGUCUUUGAUGUUCAUGUCCCACACUUUGUCCGGGAACUUGCGUUUAGAUUGGAAGACCUCUGCGCUCGUAUUGAUGUUACCCUGCUACCUUUGAGAGCUCGGCAGGUAGAACUUCAAGUCCCAUUCUGGAGAGAUGACGAGGUUACUUCGCUUCUGCAUCGACUUAAUGGACACAGACAGGAUGUCGAGAAACUCGACGCCGAGCUGCGUGCCGCCUUGCUGGUAGAGGAAGAGCACGAAGGCCUUCAAAUGAUCAUAGCGAAGUCUCAUGAGACACUUCAUGUGCUUUGCGAUCAAAUGGUUGAUCUCAAGCGCCAUUUGCCGCGAGAUGUAAGUGGCUUCAUCACGAGCGAUCCUCGAAUCAUUGUCUUAGUCGAUCGCUUCUACAAUCGAAUGCACGGACGCUCUGAAAAUUGGGAAGUAGUCAACAUUUGGAGCCUUGAUAUAUUCAAGGAAGAAUCGGCUAAGAUCGUGAAGGAGCUGGAACGAGUCGAUCCUGGAGGAGCAUGCUCAGACGCAAUGGCCAAACUGCUCACUACCCUCAGCAAGCUUGAAUAUCUGAAAGAGACGGGUUCUACGUUAGCGAAGACAAAUCGUAGCUCUAUUCAAGCGAUGCAGACCAUUGUGGACAUCCUUGGUAGCGUAGAGGUGUGUUCCAGAACUGCUGUUGCACUUUACAUGGAACUCGCAGCCCGAUCUCAACACGGAUGGCGCAUUGGAGGCCCGCCAGAAGUGAUCCAAUCUUUGCAGUUCUGGAUUGACAACUCUGUCUAUCCGUACUCCGACGGAAGCCACGUAGGAUUGGGUGAUUUUGCUUUUAGUGGACCGCAGGCCCUACUGACGUCCCUGCACGCACUUCAGGUAUGCAGGACUGGUGUGAGAUAUGAGGAUGUCUUGAGAGCCAUGUUCAGGGAUAUCGAUCAGAAGACCGAGCUCGAGGGCUGGCCUUACCUAUCACCAUCAGACUGUCUGGCGGAUCCUACGGAGCACUACGAAAGCUACAUAAAGGCUUUUCUUUGGGACAUCGUACAGCGUGAUGGUGUUCGAUCAGCCGAGUAUGUUGCGGAACGCGAGAAGUUGUUGGUCUGCAAUUCUUUCGGUCGACAGCAGCUACGUGUAAUGCUAGGUUUCAUGGAGAGUCGAGGCUUCCUGAACGAUCGGCAAGACGGCAUCCACCAGCUUGGUGUGGUCACAAAAAGCGAAGUCAUCACCGAUGGCGGUUUCGUCGCAACGGCGGAGAUUCUGGAUCCCGCGAUAAAGCCUCGCCCACCCGCUACUCCAGAUCGAACGACAAUUUGGCUUUAUAAUACGAAUGCCGAAGGCAGAGCACAAGUUGCUGUUGUGGAGAGGAACGAAAAAACGGGAAGACUGCAUAGGACUCAGGACCUCGUCCUGGUGACGUGGCAGGGAUUUGCGCGACAAUUACGGAACCAGGGGAGAAGCAGAGGCCGGCAUACAGUGAAGACAUGGGGCUUGAAGGUGCCGUCCAGUCAGGACGAUGCUGAAGUACCAGAGACUGACGACGAGGAGGAAAAAGAGUACUUUGAAAUCAUCGAAGUGCCAAAGGAGAAACAUCACAAAAAGGACAACGUCCGCCGCCACGUACCGCAAGGCGACUCCGCAGACGACGUAUCAGGCGAGUCAGAUACGAUAAUCAAAGGCAAGAACGGCAAGCCAAUCGAGCCUCGAAGGGACGAACGUCCUCCCAGCGACCACGAAUCGUGGCGUAUAGCAGGUGACGAGAGCUUGAUCCGAUCGCUGGAGGAACGUACGGCCAGUGGAUAUCUUAUGGGACGAACUUUUCCCGACGAGGAAUUACUAUGCGGCCCCGAGGCUAUGCUGGAAGCGCUGAAGUUCUGUCUCGUCGAAGAGACGCCAAAACUUCUCGAAUUUCACAAGCUUUUGAGCAAAAUGUUUGUGAACUACAGUGAGAAAGGAGAAAUCCCCAUGGGGACCACUGGACAACCUACCGAAGCCUAUGCUGAAUGCGUGAGAACCUUCAUAGAAACUCUGCAUCUGGAUUCUGAGCCAGAGGACUUCUACGCCAUUAGCAACUUCUCGCCUCUACAACUGCAGUGCGUCCUCGACUUCAUGAUGAUGGGAGAUGACGGAGCUCCUAGCGGAAUGUACACGACUCAGAUCGAUGUGGUGCCGCAGAUCGCUAUCAUCACACCGAUCGAAGGAGAAAUCGAGAGUGAAAUGCUGGUCGAAGCUUAUAGGCUGCAGUCGUCAUACUUCGUGCCUGGUGCGCCGACAAUGAACAUUUGGUUGUAUAUGGAUCGCUCAACGCACGAACAACGCGAGGGAUCACGGCCAAUCUAUCACUACCGUGAACUGAAAUGGCAAUACUCAAUCAUGGACAUUGAGGAAUCGAAGCCUCAAGUUGAGCAAUGGGGUCUCAAGACGGAGACAGCGCAAUCGCAGGCUUACCGUUUGGAGACGGCCUUGCUCAGCGGCUAUAGACAUCUUUAUAAGACCAAGAUUGCGGAACAGCGUAGGAAGAGGAAUCGGAAGAUUUGGGAUGCCAUUGAGCAGGGUGAACAUUCGGAUGAUCAGGAUUCCGCUCAUCGAAGCCAGGCGUCUUUGGAGGAACGAGCAAGUCGACGAGGCGAGAAUUCGAGGCAUGAAACUAGGUCGGCAAGGGCCGUGCUCGAAGUGUGCACAAUGCUCAGCCUCCUGGACGAGACGUGCACAGCCGAAGUGGAGGUCUUCGCUCUGAUCCGCAGGGAGGCAAUCGUCAAGUAG